GACGCAUUAAACGCACAAGAUUGCGAAGAUUGCUCGGUGCAGCACGUGCAUCAAUCAUCCCCGAGCACCAAGGGCGGCACAGUCGACACCAUGCGUCGUCGGAAGCUGCAGGACCUGCGUGUACUGAGCUUCAACCUCCUAGCGCCAUGCUACUUUCGUCACGGUGGCCGUCUGGAAGCCACCGACUCGCGGCAAUACAUGGGCCGGCUAGGUGCACUUGUGUCGCCGCUCAAAGCCGAGCUCGCCAACAUCAUGUGUCUGCAGGAGUUCUGGUUCGACGAGACGUACAUGCGGACAUUUCAGUCCCACUUUCCAAACUUCAGUUGCUACGCAUCCAAGCGCCCCGGACUCAAGGAAGACGGUCUUGCGAUCUUUAUUGACCACUCCAAGUUGAUGAUCCACAACUUCCGCCAACUCGAUUUUGACAAGGCCGGCGAGCGCGUCGCCAUGCUCAUGCACUUGAGUUUUCUCCCAAACUCCCUGCCCUCGCACACCCUUUCGUUCAUGGAGCGAUCGUUCCUCCUCAUCAACACGCAUCUCACGUUUCCUCACUCGGACAUCAACCGCGUCAUGCGCAUGAACCAAAUCGAGACCAUGCUGAGCGCCGUCCAGGAGUACCAGCGCAAGGAGCACCUCGAGCAAUGUCCCGUGAUCAUGUGCGGCGACUUCAACGACAUCUACGACCCUGUGCACAACCUCGUGAUCAGCCACGGCUUCCAAAGCGUCUUCGCCGAAGUGCACGGCCGCGAAGCCAAGAUCACCCACUGCAACCACAACAACAGCGAAGUCGGAGUCGACUUUAUCUUUAGCUACAACCCACAGCCGCCGCCGCAGCCGUUGAACGACUUCGAGAAGCGCGUGAUCUUACUCCCCAACGCAUGCGACUUGCUGCCUCGGUCCCUGCCCGACUCGACCCGAUUAAAGCGGCCCGAGUUCUUGCCCCCCAAGACCCCUUGGGAAGCCGUGCAGGUACAUCAUUCUACCCCUGCAUGGCCAACCGGUUGAGAACAGUCGCUUAGUUUACGGACACCACCGCCCAGUCAAUCCCGGACGCUGUCGACUACUGGCGCCUCGUGUCGGACCACCGGCCGCUAGUGGCCACUUUCAAAGUAGACACGAAUUCGUUGUAACUUGGUGCGUUGGUGUUGUGUGUGACGCCGUG